CAAUGAAGAAAGAAGCGCAGUGAUAAUAGUAACCAUUACUAUUUGAGUUUGAGUUUGAGUUUGAGUUCACGUACUUGACCUUAGACCGCUGAUAGGGACUUCCACCAAACGCGUCCACUAGCACAACAGUUAGUCCAAAACAGUUACACGACGAAGCAUGAGUCUCAAGUCAAAAAACGUAUUGUUUUGUGGAGAAAUCACCGAAACCAGCGGCAGUAUAAUCAAAGUGCUUCUAAACGAAAAUGUAAAGUGUUUGGUGAUUGGGAACACAAUCGAGGAUAGUAUCGACCAGCUUGGGUUAGCGGACGAGCGAGUGUCGCAUUACGCGGCGGACCUAACCAAAAUUGAAGACCUGGAAAUGAUAUACACAAAAACCCUCGCUAGGACGAAGAAAAAGGUUCAUCUCGUCAUCAACCACAAAGAAUUGAAUGCGGAUGAUCUAUGGGAAGACGUCAUUACAACCCAUAUUAAUUCUUUGAUUUGUAGUACCCUCAUGGCUAUCAAACACUUAGGCAGCAUGAAUGCGGGUAAUGGUGGAACAGUGGUGAAUUCAAUAGUGAUCCGUGGUCGUAGCGACGAUGAGUACGCCAGCAUCCACCGAUUAUUGAACGAUCUUGACCGCUCCUUCAGCGACCCGUACUAUUUUAACAAUACGGCGGUGCGAAUUCUAACGAUGUGCACUCGUAUGGAAAUUGGACAAGGAUCGGAUGGCGGCGCAAAUGUUUCCGCCGAGGCCCACCAUGCACAUCCCGCGGGAGCCCACGUCAGCGGCAGCGGCGAGUUGGAAAAGAUCGGCGUGCAGUUGCUCGACGUGUGCGCAAACAAACACAGCUUGUUGGAUCAACCACACAUGGUCGAAGAAUUCGAAAUAUCCGUGCGGAAUUAAUGCAGUAUUAAAAUAAACAUUCGAUGUCUUUAAAUAACUCGCCUGUCAUCACGAUUGUGUGUAAAUAAACAUAUUUCUAAGCUAAAA